AUGAUGCGUCAUUUCAUAGGCGUGGCUCCUUUACUAAAAAUGUCUUCCAAGGUGAAGCUUCAGAGAAGUGUAAGAGAGCAGCAGGUAAUAGUGACGGUUAUACCCGAUACCAGGGAAGGAAGAAAGUGUUUUAACGUCCUUCAAGAAGUGGCCAACGAGUUGGACUACAUUGUAGAAAGGAUCGCCUUUGAAAAGUUGGACUUUGGGGAGACAGAUGCACUGGAUAAAUUCUAUUCCUCGAACGUUGCUGUUGCUGACGUGACAGAUCGUGCCUGCCAAGCCAAACUAUUUUAUCACUUGGGGCUGAGGGAGAGCUUUGAAAUGAAGCAAAACAUUGUCACUUAUUUGGAGAGUGGAGCAAGUGGAGGGCUACGAGGCGGAGCAUUUAAUCCCAAACUCACCUCCUACAUAUACCUGCCUUACUCUGUUGACAGCGAUGGGAAGUGUUUGGUUUUAGAUGGUAAAAACGGAGACGGUUUUAAACCCAAGGGCUCAAAUAUGUCUCUGGAAGUGAAGUUCAGAACACUUCUCCGAGACAUGGAGACUCAAUACAAAAAGCAGCACAAGGAACAGUUUCUACGUCAACUAAGAAAAGCUCGGGAAAGCUUAAAAGGAUCGGAGUUGAAGGAGGAAUUGCUUCGCCUCCAGUCAUGGAUAGAUGAAGACCCUCGCCUGUUUACAGCUGAUAUUCUUCUGUCACUGUUACUUUCAUAUCGGGACAUUCAAGCGUAUGAAAAUAUGGUUCUUCUUGCUGAAAAGCUUCCCAGCCACGAGCAGGCUUUGAAGGCUCCAGUCCAGGUACAAUAUGCUUUUGCACUAAAUCGAAGAAAUAAAGAGGGUGACAGGGAUCACGCUCUGUCAGUUCUAGAAAAGCUAUUGGAAGUUAAGGAGAAUCAUGAACCAGACACUCUCUGUCUCUGUGGCAGAAUAUACAAGGACAAGUUUGUUGAAUCCGGUCACACUGAUACAGGGAGCAGAGAUAAAGCCAUCCUAUGGUAUCGGAAAGGAUUUGAUAUACAGCCCAAUGAAUAUGCAGGGAUUAAUCUGGCAACCUUACUUGUAGUCUCUGGAGAGAAAUUUGAAAACAGCGCCGAGUUAAGGAGCAUUGCUAUGACUUUGAAUCUUUUAAUCGGACGAAAGGGAAACCUUGAUUCCCAGACUGACUACUGGACGGUAGCUACGUUCUUUGAAAUAAGUGUCCUGGCUGAAGAUUACCAGAAAGCCAGUCAUGCGGCAGAGUGCAUGUUUAAACUCCGUCCACCAUACUGGUAUCUGAAAUCAACCAUCAGUAAUAUACAGUUGAUAAGUCAGUUCAGAGUUACUAGUGAGGAUGCUCCCAUGUCUCAGGAAGCAAAAGUGUUUGAGUUUUGGAUGGAGUUCCUCAUUGAAGCAACAAAGGAUCAGUACUCAAAUAGCCAGUUCCCUAUUCUUUUGUUUGAGCCUAAUCCCCAGAAUGUAAGUGAGUACCAGUAUAUUCCCAGUUACAUUGCUCUUCACGAAGCAAGCAGCAGUUCUACAGCAAAAAUAGAGAUUUGGUACCAAAUGUCAGAUGAAGAUGAUGUAGUUGUCAGUGAAUGGGCCUAUGAAAUAGCAUGUGUCAGGAACGUCAGUAUCAUAAAGAGAGACAAUCGAGGACUAUUUUUAUACGUACUGGAUAAGUACAGUGAUGAUUUUCAGAUGUUUUUCUCAUCAGAAUUGCAAUGUUCCAAGGUUUUUCAGUUGAUUCUGAGUCUAAUGGAUAGCACGAAACUCGAGAAAAGUGGUUCUUCGAAACUGACCCGGCGCAUGACAAUCGAUGAAGAAGACACAGUUGAGUUUGAGUACGAGUUGAACGACCUUCACGAACCAGUGGUGCUGGGAAAAGGUUCCUUUGGAAUAGUGUAUUCCGCCAUUGAUCUGGUUACAAAGAAGAAGAUGGCCAUCAAGGAAAUACCAGAAAGAACUGAAGGGCAGUUCCAGUCGCUUGAAGAAGAAAUACAAUUGCAUCGCCACUUACAACACGAAAACAUUGUGCAGUAUUUUGGUGCUUAUUCUGACGGCGGUAUAUUUAGAAUAUUCAUGGAGCAAGUCCCAGGAGGUAGCCUCUCCCAUUUGUUAAAGUUCACAUGGGGCCCACUCAUUAAUGAUGAAGGGACCAUUAGACAUUAUACGAGGCAGAUACUGAAAGGUCUUGGGUAUCUUCAUAAUCAAAAGAUUGUCCAUCGGGACAUUAAGGGAGACAACGUGCUUGUCAAUAUGUACAGUGGACAGAUUAAAAUAUCCGAUUUUGGUACUUCAAAGAGACUCGUGGGUCUACAAGUCCAGACCACUUCAUUUAAAGGAACAUUUCAAUUCAUGGCCCCUGAAGUGAUAGCCAGUGGUCAAAGAGGCUAUGGACCGCCUGCUGACGUAUGGUCACUGGGCUGCACUGUAAUUGAAAUGGUGACGGGGAAGCCACCAUUCUUUGAGCUUGGCCCACCGGAAGCUGCCGUUUUUAAAGUCGGGACGUUCAAGGAGCAUCCUGAAAUCCCUGAUGUGCUAUCGAAAGAGCUGAAAUCCUUCCUGUUGAGCUGUUUUGAGCCUGAGCCUUCGAAAAGGGCAAUUGUGUCUGAGCUGUUGCAGAACUCUUUCAUAACAAGGAAGAAGAAAAAAGUGAACGUAUCUGAUGCUCCCCCGGAAUUUAUGAGAAGCAAAUCCAUGUUCCCUGGGGCCCUCCCUAGUGCUGAACAUGAUAAAGAACUAACUAUGUCCUCUAAUUCUACUCCUGGAGCUAGUAAGUCGAUUUUAGAGAGAAGUAAAAGCGCAAGUACCCAAAGAAAGUUUUCAAAUUCUAACGAGAUGGCUGAAGGGAGUAGCGAGGGUGAAACCCCAACCAGUAGCACUAAUGACGGGGUUUUCUCAAGAAGUGAUUUUAGUCGUGUUUUAUGGGACUCUGAGACAAAAGAGCUGCUGAAUAUUGUCCUCUCAAAAGACAGAGAAAUGAUUUGCAAAAACGUUCAAAAGACUUUACAAGAAAAGAUCCCCAGCUUGCAUUUGACCAUGGAACACCUUGACAUGGUCUUUAACAGCCUCCUAACUUAUAGUGAGAGUAACUGCAGCAGUGACAUGCAGAGGAUACUAAUGCCUUUAUCCGAGUUGUGCUUGCAUGAUGCUGCCAUCCACCACGAAGUUGAGCAGAUGCUCCUAAUACUUCCCAAUGAGGUGACAUUGGCUAUUAAACGUCAUGGGACCCCGCCACAUCGCAUGUUUGCUAUAGAAAAUGUUGUGAAAUUUGGCAUGCAUGUUGCACUGAAGGCCAUCACUCCUGAUGUUAGCAAUACGUUUUCUACUGAAGAGAAUGAUCAUCCUCAAGUCCUUGAUUUCUGUAGCGUGGGAUCAGGAAUGAUCAGUGAUCCAAGAUUUGAGAAACUACAGAGAAUGUUUCAAUCAGCUUCAGAGGAAAAUGUGGCGCUGUUGGAAGAGUUGGUGAAAAUGAAGCAGACUAUGAAUGAAAUGCUAAGACAAUUUAUUGGUAGCAGCAACGAAGGAAAGAGCAUUGAUGAAGACACUGAUUCGAAUUAUGGGGAGCAAACUGAUGAGCUGUCGAUAUUCCUUAGAAAGUUUCAUUUAAAUGAGAAAGAAAUCCAAAAAUUUCACAAAGAAGGAAUUGAAUAUCCUGAUCUACUUGAUCACAUUUCAUUAGAUGAUUUAAAAGAAAUUGGAAUCAGGAUAGGGCCAAGAUGCAAGUUGUGGACAUUCUUAUCUGAGAAGCGAAAAUGCACAGUAGAAGACUAAAAAUUUCACAUACCCUUUUGUAUAAUAAUUUGUUUAAUAUAGAAAACAUUAUUCAAUCCCUUUCUCUUAGAAAGCUUUUAUCACUUGAGUUUAAAAAUCA